ACUGUACUAACGACGUGUUCUACGGCGUCCUCCGAUUUUGUUCACGGAAUGUGUAUCGCCAUAUUGCUUCCGUGAGUUUUGAGAAAUAUUUGUACAUUUCUCUUCAAUUAUGACUAUAAUAUCAAAAUGAAGUGAAGUAAUACAUUCUAUAUUGGACGAGUAAUUAAAAGGAUAUACGUUUUAGUGUAUCAGCUGCGAAUAAAAGGCGAAAAAGUGUAGCGUCGAGGAAAUAUGUCUUUUGAGAAGAUGGAAGUAGUAAAUCCAGCUGAAAAGGAAGCAAGUGAGGUGCUGCAUUCACUUUUAUCAGUAGAGCGCCGCAGUGUUGACAGCAAGGAGGCUAUAAUAGUGUCCAUACCAUCGGAUCAAAACGGUGGCGGCGAGUAUGGCGAGAGCGCUCAAUGGCACACCCCUGUUAUGGGACAACAUUCUGUGUUUGAACUUGGUGGAGGCCAAAACAUGCAACAACAUAAUUAUAAUGGACAUCAAGAACAGGUGCUUUGGCAAGGACAUACAAUACAAGUGGAAAACGGUGAUGGCAAUAUGCAGAGUAUGCAAGGCACAUAUAGUAUUGAGUUUGAAACAAACAUUGAAGGAAAUGAUAUGGAUGUCGAGACAAAACCUAAAGUUGAGAAGAAAACUGGCACUAAAAGAAAGAAAAAAAUGGCUGAAACUGAUAGCGAUGAAGAGGUUCUUGAUAAUAAGUUAGAGGACAAUCCAGCUCAGGUGAAAGAAAGACUAAGGCGAGGUUGUGACUGCAAGGACAAUUGUUAUCGAGGACUAAAUCCAGAAGCUGUCUACCGUCACAGACUCAACAUAGCUGAACUUACUAAGAGCGAGCAUGACAUGUACUUGAUGGGGAUAACUAUGGCUAGUUUGGCUAACCCAGCAGAAACAUCUAGACAUAAAGUAAGGAGGAGAUUAAGAGCCUGCUAUGUGUACCAAGGCAGAAAGGUUUGUUUAGAGGCUUUCCUGUAUUUGGAGAACGUGACGCACUAUCAGCUCAAACGCAUUAGGCAGCAUGUCAUGACUCACGGUGUAGCCCCUCGGAUACAUGGCAAUGUUGGCAAGAAACCAUAUAACACUUUCACGCUCGACAUAUAUAAACACGCGACAAACUUCCUCAAGGAAUAUUUGAAGCAACAUGCAAGCUCUCCCAAAGAUGUUCAACCUUCUGGUGAAGGUAAAAAAGCAAGCAAGACUGUUAUUAUUCAGGGUGACUCGAGAAAGCAUUUGUUUGAGGCUUAUAAAGAAUAUGGAGAAAUUUUGGAGCCUGGAGUAAAACUUAUGGGAUAUUCAACAUUCCGUGCUUUCAUGAAGGAUCAAUUUCCUCAUGUUAAAUUUGCAACUAAAAAGCAGGAGAUACCUAAGGACUUGGUUCCAUUCCGGAGUGGUAAGUGCAUGUCCUAUGAUAAAAAUAAGGAUCCAAUUAGGAUACAGCAAGAAAAAGAGAAAGCCGAAGCUAAAAAGGCAGCUAUGGAAGCUAAGAAGAAAGAGGAACACGAUCGUGAACAACAAGCGCAGCAGCAAGCACAACAACAACAGCAGCAGCAAGUGCAACAAGUCCAAGUGCAGCAACACCAGCAAAUGCAGAACCAGGGUCCGCAUGUGGUAAUACACCAGCAGCAGCCGUCGCAGCAACAACAGAUGCAGCAGCAGAUGCUCGUGCCGCAGGUGAGUCAGCACCAACAAGUGCUGACGCAGCAGGUUGGCGGCGUGCAGCAAGUUUCGCAGCAGCACUGCGUUCAGCCGCUCGGUGUGUCCGAAGAUAGCGGUCAGCCAGUGGAAAUGGCACAACAAGUGAUUCCGCUGGCGGUGGUGCAGCAACCGCAGCAGGCUUACAUAGUAACACCCGUGUCGCACUUCCAAACUAGAGUGCAGGGCGCGUGGUACAGACAUUGACAGGAAAUUGCCUUCAAAGCUGUGGAGUUAGAAGUGGAAAACGAGGUAUCCUCGAAGACCACAGUAGAACAUAUAUCUCCCUAUGAUAUUUAUGAAGAGCCACCUGUAAUUAUGGCAAUAAGCUAGUAAGGAUACUUAGACCCUUUCAGUAUUGGUUUAGAAACUGAUCCAACAACUAUUAUUAAGUAUAAAAUUAAUCAUAUUUACACAAUUAUUCUAGCGCUAGUUUAUAUUUUAUGAUUUGGUAAUUUUAGACGAUUCCGCGGUUCAUUUGUGAACAUUUGUUUUUUAAAUUAACAGAUAUAAAAAUAUGUAUAUUUGAAAUGUAAUGGAAUCUGUUUAUAUUUUUAUUUUUGAAAUUCUGAUUAUGCGUCUUUAUUAUCUGUAAUUUAAAACGCGUAUUAUAGGAUUGCGUUGUAGAGAACGAUUAUUUUUAUCUCACACAUUUAAAUUUUUAGUUAGAAUUGCUCAUCACAAAUGACAUUUUUAUUUAUCAAAAAAAGCAGUGCCUUUGUACUAUGAUGUGAAUUUGUAAUUCAUUGAUAUGAUGAGGACGUUUGUUUGGUGUAGCGUUUUAGUGUUAGGAUCUUCUGGGAAUUAAAUCAUGUCUAUAUUUUGUAUUUUUGUAAUACAUAUCAAUUUUCAUAGAUUACUAUGAUUUGUGAAGUCUGUUGUGUGAGCGUUUGAGUGGAGUUACGGUUUGCUAUGAGGUCUGAAUUUGUUUUAGAUUGUAAGUUAGCACAUAAUGUAUGAAGGGCACCGGCAAGGCUGAGGCUGCGUUGCUAUUAGUCGGCAUUGUUGUGUCUUUAGAGAUUUAUGUUUUAAUCAUUUUAUUUUUAACUGGCUUUCUUUCUGUAUGCCCAAAUUGAGAGUAACAUUACUGGCAAUGAAACCCUAUAUUAUGUCAUAGUUAAAAAAAUUUAUACAUAUUUUAAAUGUCCAAUAUUAUAAUUUUUCCACAUCGGUUCAAAGAUGCGAUUAACUGAAUUGGAAGAGUUUAGAAAUUUUAAUUGCAAUAUGUAAUGGAUUAAAUCGUCCUCGUGUAUGCAUAUGUUUAAUUUUUUUAAUUAUACAUUUUUAUUUGUGCAAUGUACAGUCAAGGAAGAGAGAAAAGUUGUGAAGUUUUAUGGGAGUGUUGUGUAAAACUAACCGUGUAAAAAAUACAGCCCACUGACUGGAAUAGAUAAUAAAUUAAAAGGGAAUACUAAUGAUAAGCACCAAAAAUAAUAUUCUAAAUUAAUGUUUAUUAUUGUAUAGGCGGCUGGAUCAUAGCAAACUAGUCACGCUGAAAGCUCAAAUACUGUUUCUUAAUACUCCGAUGAUGUAACAUGCGCCUCGAUCACCGCAAAGAGAAAUUUCAAAUUUAAUUUCGUAGAAUUAUCAUUUGAAAUGACAAUAAAUCAUUUGGACGUACGAUGUCGUGACGUCAUCGUCGUUUAACAUACAUCUCAGUUUUUACCGACUUCGAAAUUAUAGUUUGUAUUCAGUUGUAUCUGCCUUCCAUUUGUACAAGUAAUAACAUCCUCAACGAACAAAAAUAAUGCUCGAAACGAAACGAAUAGGGCGUUUAUUACAAAUUUAUUUUCAUACCGCAGACAUUUUUUAGAAGUUUUUAAAUGGCGAGAAGUAUGAUAGUAUUUUUGGUUAAGUUAUAUGUAAUGCUAGUGACGUAAGUGUGUAAUCUUAAUCGAUAAUUAGAGUACAGAACCGUGCCUAGAACUUAUGCUUACCGUGUAUUUUUGUAACUGGAUAAUAAUCUGGGGGGGCGGCGGACAUUAUCACACGUUAUCCAAAGAGUCCGCUCUUGAAAAUAGAAUAAAUAAGUAGAAUGAACAAUAACAAAGAUACUAUUUUGUAUGUAACGAAGUCGAUUCGUAUCCAUUUAUGAGUAUACAAAUGUCAUUGGGAAUGGUUCACACAAUAGGUUGUAUAUUGGAGCGCGGAUGUUUACUAGCUCCCUUGGUCCGUUGGUAGAUUCGAAGCAGGUUAAUGUUUGUUUUUAAUCUGUGGACAUUACGUAAUCUGUACUGUUGUGUACAUUUUUAUUUUCUGUCACUUUAUUUACUUUAAUACGCAUUUUAAUCUUCAAUGCCACAUUAUAUUGGUCCGUUUCAUGGCUUGCUUCGAAUCCUAAUGUUAUGACGUUUGGCAUCUAUAUUCCAAAAUUUUAAAAGUAGGAGACAUGAUGUGAUAGAGAAUAAACUUUUUUACACAA